AUGGCAGCUACCAUAACAACCCCAACUUACCAAGAACGCGCCGCCGAAAAGCGCGCCAACCAACUCGCCCUCAUUCCACCCGAGUGGCGACUCUCUCCAGUCCCCCUGGUAGAAUCACACCCGGAUGCUCUAGCAUACAUUCGACGCAUCCUCACACCGGCGGAACACGCACUCACGGAAGAAACGGAUAUCACAGUUCUUCUUCGCAAAUUGUCUUCCGCGGAGCUGUCUUCACUAGAAUUGACGAGAGCGUUCGCUAAGCGCGCGGCAUUGGCUCACCAGCUGACGAUAUGUUGUACGGAGAUUUUCUUCGAGGAGGCCUUUGCGACGGCGAAGGAGAUGGAUGAGUAUUUAGCGAAGACGGGGACGACUGUUGGACCUUUACAUGGGCUGCCUGUUUCUAUCAAGGAUUUGUUUUCGGUGAAGGGGGUGGAUACGUCGAUCGGAUGGGUCGGUUUAACAAACACCCCUGCUCCCGCAGAUAAAUCAGUGGCGCGAACACUACGACGUCUCGGCGCUGUGUUAUACGUAAAGACCAACCUGCCUCAGUCAAUGAUGAUGUCCGACUCUUAUAACCACGUCUUCGGGCAAUGUGUCAACCCGUUUAAUCGCAACCUCAUUUCUGGCGGAAGUUCGGGCGGCGAGUCCUCGCUCGUUGCGGCUAGGGGAAGUGCACUUGGUAUUGGAACGGAUCUCGGUGGUUCCAUUCGAAUCCCGGCAAGUCUGUGUGGACUAUACGGACUGUCGCCUACACCGGGACGGCAUCCAUAUGAGCGUGGAAAUCCCGGUCAAGAUAUUGUUCGCUCGGUCGCGGGUCCCAUGAGUUGCAGUUUGGCUACUAUUGAGCGGUAUAUGGAAGCUCUACCUUGUGCAUCACCGUGGGAACUCGAUCAACAUACCGCUCCCGUACCGUGGCGACGAAGCGUGGCCUCACUCAAAGCGAAGAGGCUUCGAAUUGGCUUCCUGGUUGAUGAUGGCGUGGUCAAGGUUCAGCCCCCGAUUGCACGGGCAGUGCAGGAAGUCAUUGCUGCAUUGAAGGCAGCUGGCCAUGAAGGUAUGUCCAUCGCAUCAUUAUCCGCUGUCCUUAAUGCGGACAAAUAUCUCUAUGAGAGUGAAUACCUCGACCGCUGGACAACCUCUGGCAUUGAUGCUCUCAUCAUGCCUAACACACCAUGGGUCGGAUACAAGCCCUGGACAUGGGUCAAAUCCAGUGCCUAUGUGGGAUAUACCAGUAUCUGGAACUUGUUGGGGUAUGCUGCUUUGGCGGUUCCUGCUACUACUGUGUCAAGGGAGAAGGAUAUCCCCUGUCAGGAGUGGUUGGACCAUGUCCCGCGUAAUGCUGGCGAUAAGUUUAAUAAAGAGCAGUGUAAGUCUCACCGCAGAUAUGGCAUUGAAUCAUGUGCUAAUUUUAUGAUAGAUGAUAUCGAUCUGGUUGAUGGCAUGCCUGUUGGACUACAGAUUGUGGGCGGACGCUUUGGGGAGGAAAAGUGUGUGUCUGUGGCAAAGGCGAUUGAGCAAGCUAUGCGAUGGAGGGAUGCUGCCCGGUCGAGCCUUUGA